AUGAGGGGUGCUAUUCUGGCCACCGCGGCCGCCUUUGCCGGCCAGGCCGUUGCUGAUGUCCACAUGCGCCGUCACGCUCACGAGGGUCUGCACCACCGCGCCUUCCCCGCGACUUCUCCUGCCGUCCACUCUUCUUCUGCUGUCGCUGAGGAGGAGUGCGGCUGCACCACCGAGGUCAUCUCCUACUAUGGCGAGCCGACGACCAUCCCCCUCUCCGUUCCCACCAGCACCGUGACCUCGGAGACCACUUCCACCGUCGAGUCCACCAGCUACAGCACCGUCACGGUCACUGCGACUUCCUCUGCUCCCCCAGCUGAGAGCCCCGUCGAGACCCCCUCUGAGGCCCCUGUCGAGACUCCCUCUGAGGCCCCUGUCGAGACUCCCUCUGAGGCCCCUGUCGAGACUCCCUCCGAGACUCCCGCUCCUACCCCCGAGGUCACUCUUCCCACCCCCGGCUUAAGCACCUACACCGAGCCUGGCACCUACACCGUGCCCGCUACCACCCUGACCGUCUCAGAGACGACCACUGUCUGCGGUGCCACCAGCACCGAGCUCCCCAGCGGUACCCACACCUACGGUGGUGUCACCACCGUCGUCGAGACUGCCACGACCGUCACUUGCCCCUACGCCACCGUCAAGCCUAGCGGCAGCACCGUCACCAGCGUCAUCGAGACCACCACCUACGUCUGCCCCAGCGCUGGUACUUACACCAUUGCCCCUACCACCACCACCGUGCCCGACAACACCGUUGUUGUGUACCCCACCCCGGCCACCUACACCCCCGGUACCUACACCAACCCUGGCAGCACCAUCACCGUCACCAACACUGACUACACCUACGUCUGCCCCUUCACCGACGGCAAUGAGCCCACCAGCGCUCCUGCCACCAACACUGCUGUCCCCACUACCACUGCUCCGGCUCAGACCACCACUGCCGCCGCCAGCACCACCUCGUCUACUGCCACCAGUGUCCCGACCGGUGCCAGUGGUAACCACAUGGGCAUGACUUUCACUCUCUUCCACGACGACGAGAGCUGCAUGUCCAAGUCUGAGGUCUUGGACAAGAUUGGUGCUCUCAAGGAGAAGGGAUUCUCCCACGUUCGCGUCUACGACACCCAGUGCGGCACUCUCGAGAAGGUCGGUGAGGCUUGCAAAACCCAUGGUAUGAAGAUGAUCCUUGGUGUCUUCACCGACGGCACCGAGAAGCAGCAGGUUGAGGAGAUUGCCAAGUGGGCUCAAUGGGACGUUGUCUCUCUCAUUGUUGCUGAAAACGAGGCUAUCACCGGCGGCUCCUUCCAGCCUGCUGAGGUCGUUGGCAUGAUUAAGAAGUGGAAGUCGACCUGGGAGGCUGCCGGCUACACUGGCAAGGUCACCAUCGCCGAGCCCAUCGACGUGUGGCUCAAGUACGGCGACACCCUUUGCCCCGCUGUUGACAUCUUGGGUGCUAACCUCCACCCCUUCUUCAACGCGGAGUUCAGCGCCGCCGAGGCUGGUGAGCUGGUUGGCAACCAGAUCCGUGACCUGAAGCAGGUCUGCUCUGGCAAGGAUGUUAUCAACCUUGAGACUGGUUGGCCCAACAACGGUAACGCGAACGGAAAGGCCAUCCCCAGCAGGUCUGAACAGUCCACUGCUAUCAAAGCCCUCGAAAAGGCCGUUGGUGACGUGUCUGUCUUCUUCUCGUACACUGAUGACUUGUGGAAGCUCAAACAGAAGGGCGCGAGCGGGAGCGCGGGCAACGAGUUCAACGUCGAGACCCACUGGGGCUGCUUUGACCAGUUCUAA